AGCCUCUACAAGCGCGGCCAACUACCCACUCAUCACUUUCCCUUGUCUUGUUGUUAUGUUAUUGUUCAUCCCCAUGUUUUAUUUGUACAUCACAUCGCUUCUGAAACAUUAUUCUCCUUGCUGUGUCUUGUUGAUUCAUCCUCUUCUCUCUUCUGCAGUUUACAACGAACUAGCUGCAUAUUAGUACACUUUUUCUAUCAUAAGCUCCUGUUGUCAAACAAUAAUGAACGGAUCUCUCCAUGAGCACCUUGUUUUUUUGCUUUGCUACACAUAUUUUCGAUCUUGUUCUUGGUACUUUGGUAGUUUGGUGCAGCGAUAGUGCCACUAAUUGUCUGUUGUAUCAGAGUUCCUGUACUUCUUAUCAUUGUAUGAAUCUCCAUGAACUAAUCAAUGUUUUCAACUCACAAAGGAGGCAACAAGGGAGCCCCUUGGACUUGAACAACCUGCCGGAGGAGUACGGCAAGCAAGCCGUGGAGAGCUCAGCGACCACCGCCGCAUCCAGCGCCGCCGCCGCCCCCGACGCAACCAGGACAAAGAAGAAGAGCAUCGGAGGGAAGGAUGAGGCCGGCAAGGUGUACCAGUGCAGGUUCUGCUCCCUCAAGUUCGGCAAAUCCCAAGCCCUGGGAGGCCACAUGAACCGCCAUCGCCAAGAGAGGGAGACCGAGACCCUCAACCGAGCCCGGCAGCUCGUCUUCGGCAACGACACCCUCUCCGCCGUCGGCGCACAGAUGAGUUUCAGGGAUGUGAACAUGGGAGGCAGUGCUCCAUCGGCCAUGCUGGGAGGAGGAUUCAGGGGAGGCUUCACCGGCAGCGGCGGCGGGGUCGUCGGAGACCCGAGCCACCACCCGUUCCGGCCGGUGCACCCGCGGGUGUCGCCGCAGACACCGCCGUCGUACCACUACCUCUACAGCACGACGCCGUCCGCGUUGAACCCCAUGAGCUACCCGGCGACGUACCCUGCUCCUCCCCGCCAGCAGCCCGCCUCCGUCGGCGACUACGUCAUCGGCCACGCCGUUUCCCCCGGCGACGCAAUGAUACAGCAGCAGCAGCAGCAGCGCCGCGCUGCCGGCUUCUCCUCCUGCUUCGGCGCUCCACUCUCCGCGCCGCCGUCGACGGCGCCGGCGAACGUGCAGGCAGACCACAACUACAGCUUCGGGUGCGGCGGCCACACCAGAAAUAUGAAUGCCUCCUCCUGAGUUGAUCGAUGCAGCUAAUUAAGCUAUUUAGUGUAAAGAGCCAAGAAAUUAUCUGAAGAACUUAAGAUAGGCUGUUAAGUUUUUGGAUAUCUCUCAAAUAGAGGGAACUGUCUCAGAAGUUUGAUUUGCCUUGAAAUUCUAGUAGGUAAGCAGUACUGCAUAUGUUUGAGCUUUGUGACUAAUCUAUUAAUGUCGGUUUUUGAUUUGUGUGCUCAUUUUGGUUUUA